AUGGAUUUUUUCAUGGUGAAUCCACGGCACUUCAAGAUUUCUGAUAUAGCAUUGAUCAAUGAUGGGUGUGAACAAACUAAUGGGGUCUUUGAGAAAUUAAUUUAUUUGAUAAAAAAAUGUGUUCUUCAUGCUCUAUCUAUUGGUCCAAUCCCAAUCCAUGUUGCAUUCAUCAUGGAUGGGAAUCGUAGGUAUGCUAAAAAGAACAACUUGGUUGAAGGCUCCGGUUACAAAGCUGGAUUCUUUUCUCUCAUUUCAAUGCUCAAUCUUUGUUAUGAGUUAGGUGUAAGAUAUGUAACAAUCUUUGCAUUCAGCAUUGAUAAUUUCAAGAGGUGUCCUGAGGAAACAAGGUUCCUAAUGGACCUUAUGAAGGAGAAGAUCGAAUCGUUGAUCAUGGACGAAAACAACGAAAGUAUCAACAUCGCGAAUCGGUUCGGCAUGAGAGUUCAUUUUGUAGGAGACCUAAAACUUCUUGAUAAGCCUCUAAGGUUGGCAGCAAAAAGGAUCAUGGAAGCAACUGUUAAUAACUCUAGAGUUGUGCUUUCUAUUUGUGUUGCAUAUAAUUCCACCCUAGAGAUUUUGCAUUCCCUAGAGGAAUGUUGUGAAGAAAAAUGUGAUGAGAUUAGGGUUUUGGAUGAAAGUGGUUCAGGGUAUGGAUUAAUUAAGAUUAGGAGGGAUUAUUUGAAGGAAUAUGAUGAUUCAAUGUGUUUGAUAAAUUUGGAAGAUGUUGAGAGGAACAUGUAUAUGGCAAUUGCCCCAUGCCCUAAUAUCUUGAUUAGGACUUCAGGGGAGAAUAGAUUAAGCAAUUUUCUUUUGUGGCAAAGCACAUUUUGUUACUUGUAUUCACCAUUUGUUCUUUGGCCAGAUUUUGGAUUUUGGCAUUUUGUUUGGGCUAUUUUGAACUACCAAAGGAGUUGCUUUUAUUUGGACAAGAAAAGAAAACAAUUAUAG